AUGUCACCCCAAAUAAGGUUCAAUGACCCCUCGCUCACGGUGAGCAAACUGGAUAUGGACCAGAUACAAGGGAAGACUUGCCUUCGAAAUUUAUAUAAAACAUUGACGAACAGUUUUAUGGAUGAGGAUAAGCAACUCAUAAUUGUCUGCUUCAACUGUCAUGCAAGACUCAUUCGUUGCAGAAGAUUACAACAGCAAGCUAUUGAAUCAAAUGCACUUCUGGAGCAGAUGCUUGCAGGAGCGUCCAUGUCAAUACCAAAACCGCAUGAGGCUAGAGAUGAGAUUCAAUUCACACCAAUUCAUCAUAUAGAUAUUAGGCCAGUAGAGUGUGAUAAAGAAAAUGAUUGUAAGGACGGAAUUUUUAAUCUUGCAUCCAUUAAAGUUGAGGUAGAGGUUUUCGAAAAUGAGAAUUCCAAAUUUGAAGAAAAUUGUAAUCAUGAAACAGAGACUGUUGAAAACGCAGACGACUUGGAGAUUGAUGCUUUUGGAGAUAGACUUACGGAUUCGGAGAACGACUUACCACUAAUUGCAUUUGAUUCAAAGAGUAAAGAGAAAAUUAUUAAAAAGGAUGACAAUGACAUAGAACAGUACAUCACACCGACAAAUAAUUUUCCAGAACCAUGUAUAAAAAAGAUUAAAUCAAAUUCUACUGAUAGCAACACAAGCGAAAGCAAAUUUUUUAGAGAACAUUCGAUAUCACGCGAUGAAAACCAGCAAUCAACUUGA